AUGAAAUUUAACCUAAUAUUCUGUUUCAUUGCUUUAUUAUUAGCAUAAGACCCUACAUAAACACCAGUAUAAGAUGAAAAUUCAAAUCCUGUUGAGACACCCUAACCUGUAGUACAUCCUAUUGUUGCUUUGCCCACCAAUAUUGAUACUUUGAUUUCAGGCCAUCCUUUAAUUUUAAUUGAAUUUUAUGCAUCUUGGUGUGCUCCCUGUAAAUAAUUUGCUCCUGAAUAUCAAUAACUUACCGAAAAGGCAUCCAAACAUUCCAUUGCUUGUGCUGCUUAUGAUUCACAAAGAGAUCCUGAUAGAUAUGCUCUUGAAAAAUUCAAAAUAUCAUCUUUCCCUACUUUCAUUUUUUUCAUGGAUGGCAAACCUUUUCAAUUUACUGGGUAAAGAAGUGCUGAUUCUAUACUUUAAUGGAUGUUAUAAGUAUAUAAAUAUCAUCUAUAAUAUUUUAGUUAGUCAAUGGACCAAAUCCUACAGAAAUAUUAACAUAAGAUCAAUUUAAUCAAUUUUUGAAUGACAAUGAUGUUGUACUCUUCUAUUAAGGAUCAGAAAACAAUAUCAAUGAUCCUAAUUAUUGGACCUAUUUCGAAAUGAGUAAAACAAAUUCAAAUGCUGCAUUUGCUUUCUCAUAUCUUUUCCCCAUAGGUAAACCAGGAAGAUUAUAUUAUUAUUCUAAAGAAAUCUCAGAGAAGAAAUAAUUCAAUCAAGCAUUUACAAAACAAAAUAUUGAAAGAUUUUUAUUACAAAAUUAAUUGCCUGAUGUACCAUAAUUAAAUGAAUAAUCAGAAAAAUUAGUAUAUUCUGGAGCUACUCCUGCUUUUAUUUUAUUUAGUAGUUUAGAUGAGUAAUCCAUUAAAGCUGAAAAAGCAUUCCUUGAAACAGCUUAAUUGUUUAAAAAAACAUAUCAAUUUUCAUAUGCAAAAAUUACUGAUGAAAAAUUUUUUGAUUAAUUAAAUUAAUUAGGAGCAGAUGACAAUGUGUUCCCAAAGAUUAUUGCUUGGAAUUAAGGAUUAAAAUAUAAAUACAAUGGACCAGAUUUUACAGUAAAAGGAAUUAAGAACUUCAUUUUCGAUUUCAGAUAAGGUAAAGUUGAAAAAUUCAUUAAAUCUGAACCAUUACCAGAUUAUACUUAAGAGAAUACUUAUGUUAGGGUAAUAAUAUAUUAUAUUAUUCAUUUAGAAAGUUGUGGCAUUGAAUUAUGAAGAAGAAGUUAUCAAAAAUAAGAAAGAUGUUUUAUUAGAAUUCUAUGCUUCAUGGUGCGGAGCUUGCAAAUAAUUUAAACCACUUUAUGAUUAAAUUGCUUAUGAAUUGAGAGACAAUCCAAAUAUUGUAGUAGCUUAAAUAAAUGCUCCUGACAAUGAAAUUUCUGAUGUUUAUUAACCUCAUUCAUAUCCUGAUGUUGUGUUAUUUAGAGUUGCUGACAAAUAGAGAAAGGCCAUUCCUUGGAAAGGUGAAAAUAGAACUGUAGAAUCAGUUUUAGAGUUUGUUAGAAAUAAUGCAAUUGUCGCCAAAUGAA